CCAGACAAAAUGCCUUAUAAUAAGAAGACUGCUGGAAAAAGAGCACCUGCAAAAAGGAAACUUGCUGAAGUGUUUGCUUUGGGGGAGGUUCUAGCUGAUACAUCCAGAAAAGAAUGGAAAUUAGGUGUCCCUAUAGGGCAAGGAGGCUUUGGACGCCUAUACCUUGCCGAUGUUAAUUCUUCAAAGUCAGUUGGCAGUGAUGCGGCUUAUGUUGCAAAAGUGGAACCCAGCCAGAAUGGACCUCUUUUUACUGAGCUAAAGUUCUACAUGCGAGCUGCUAAGCCAGAUGAAAUUCAGAAGUGGACUAAAUCCCAUAAGCUAAAAUAUUUAGGUGUACCAAGAUACUGGGGCUCUGGCUUGCAUGAGAAAAAUGGAAACAGUUAUAGAUUUAUGAUAAUGGACCGAUUUGGCAGAGAUCUUCAGAAGAUGUAUGAAGAGAAUGCAAAGCGAUUUCCCCAUAAAACUGUACUGCAAUUAGGUCUGAGAAUACUUGAUAUCCUGGAAUACGUUCAUGAGCAUGAAUAUGUGCAUGGAGACAUCAAGGCCUCAAACCUUCUUCUGAGUUACAAAAACCCUAAUCAGGUAUACUUGGUGGAUUAUGGACUUGCCUACCGAUACUGUCCUGAAGGAGUUCACAAAGUAUAUAAAGAAGAUCCUAAAAGGUGUCAUGAUGGAACUAUUGAAUAUACCAGUAUUGAUGCACACAAGGGUGUGGCACCAUCACGACGUGGUGAUCUGGAGAUCUUGGGUUACUGUAUGAUUCAUUGGCUUAGUGGCUACUUACCAUGGGAGGAUAAUUUGAAAGAUCCAAAUUUUGUCAGAGACUCAAAAAUCAGGUGUAGAGAUAAUAUUUCAUUUUUGAUGGACAAAUGCUUUCCUGGGAAAAACAGACCAGAUGAAAUAGUCAAAUACAUGGAAAAGGUGAAGCUACUGAGCUAUGAAGAGAAACCUGUUUAUCAGCAUUUCCGAGAAAUACUUCUGCAAGGUUUGAAGGCCAUUGGGCAAAAAGAUGACGGAAUACUUGACUUCUGCCCAGCGGAGAAUGGAGACUCGCAAGCAAAACCCACGCAAAAGAAAAGAAGAAAGACAGCAGCUGCAGACAAUGAGAGCACUGAAGCAGAAAUGGAAGAUGCAGAAAGUCCAGAAAAAAAGAAACCACUUUCUAAUGCAGUAGCUACUAGAACCCGGAAGAUGACCUCACCAAAACCCAAGAAAAGCACAGCAACCAGAAAGAGAGUCCAGAAGUAAAUAAUAAAAGUAGCUCUUUGACUCAUCUCUGGUUUUCUUUUCAGUUACUGUAGAACUGGAAUAUUUUUCUUUUCUUUUGAAACGAUGAAUCCUGUGAAAACAUGGACUGCUGUUUGCACCUGUUUUUGAAGAAUAAAUGUUUUUUGAAACUCUUUGCAUAAUUUAUGUAUACUUAAAUACUAAAUGCAAAAUUUUGCCAGUCUUGCAGGUUUUUUUUAUACUUUAUAUUCACAAAUUCAUACCUUAAAGUAAAACCAAAAGAAAGUGCUGUUUUCUGCUUAAUGAAGUAGAACUAAAGCCUUCUUCAGUUUUGUUAUGGGUGCUUUAUAGGGGACAGCAGUGUUGCACCUGAUCUCUUCUAAUUUUGAGUAAAGCCUUAUUAGAAUUCCAUCACCCAGAUGAAUGUUGAGAUGAAGUCCGAAAUGAUUGAGACAUCUUUUAAAUAUUUCUCAAGUGUUUGAAGGUAAAAAAAAAUCCAUGAAUUCUUCCCAUCCUUCUCUUAUAGUUUGUUCUAAAAUGUGUUUAAAGAAUUGCUUGGAAGGCAGUUAGU